AUGAGUACGCUGAUAUCAAAGUUGUUGAACCCGGGAAGCAGGAGCCAGGAGCUUAGGCUGAUUGCACGGAACCUAUUGCAGCUAUACAAAGAAAAUAGGAAGAACCCAUCAAAGCAUGUUGUGAUUUUUUUGCUUUCAUUGUUUUCAUCAACAACUGUUGCUGUGAUUUACACGUUGAACAAGGUCAUUUCUGAUAUCAGAGAUAAGAGAGAUUCUAGACCGCUUUACAAGAGAUCGUCUUCUACAAUAUUGAAGAAUGGUGCAAGAGAAUUGUUCAUACCUUACAAGAAUAGACAGAAAAGAGUCAUUAUUCAACCAACAGAACCUGAAUUAUAUGAAAAGGAUAAGUUUAAAUAUAAAAACUUUGCUAAAAAUAUCAAAACUGAAGAAGAUCAUGAUAAGAUUUUCAGUUCUAAAUUCUUAAAUCAAUUAAUCAUAAUUUGGCAAAUCUUAAUACCAAAAGUAAAUGAUAAGAAUUCUAUAUUCUUAAUAACACAAUUCUUCUUUUUGAUUUUAAGAACUUGGUUAAGUUUAUUAAUUGCUAAACUUGAUGGCCAAAUUGUGAAAGAUAUUAUUGGGGGUAAAUUUAGAAAAUUCUUACGUGAUUUAGCUUAUUGGUUUUUAAUGGCUGUUCCUGCGUCAUAUACAAAUAGUGCAAUUAAAUAUCUUGUUAAGAAACUUUCAGUUAACUUUAGAACAAAUUUAACAAGAUAUGUCCAUGAUAUGUACUUGGAUCCAAGAAUGGUUUAUUAUAAAGUUAUGUUUAAUGAUCAAUCAAUCAAAGAUAUUGAUAAUUUCAUCACCACUGAUAUAAAUAGAUUUUGCAAUUCUAUUUGUUCCUUAUUUUCAAAUAUUGGUAAACCAAUGAUUGAUUUAGUAUUCUUUGCAGUUUAUUUAAGAGAUAAUUUAGGUACUGCUGGUAUUACAGGUAUUUUUGUUAACUAUUUCAUUAGUGCUUAUAUAUUGAAAAGAAAUACACCACCAUUUGGGAAAUUAACAAAAGAAAAAUCUGCUUUGGAAGGUGAAUAUUAUAAUGAUCAUUUAAAUUUAAUUACAAAUAGUGAAGAAAUUGCAUUUUAUAAUGGUACUAAUUUAGAAAAAAUUAAAAUUAAUGAAAUUUACGACAAAAUGAUGAAUCAUGUUUUCAAAGUUAAUAGAAUUAAAGUUGCAUAUAAUGUCUUGGAAGAUUAUAUUUUGAAAUAUACUUGGUCUGCAUUAGGUUAUUUAUAUGCUUCAAUUCCAAUUUUCAUCAUUUCUGUUAAAGAUGAUGUUAAGAAAAGUACAGAAGAUAGAAAUAUGCGUCAAUUUAUUGUUAAUAAGAGAUUAAUGUUAAAUAUGGCAGAUGCUGGUAGUAGAUUGAUGUAUUCAAUCAAAGAUAUUUCUAAACUAACUGGUUAUACUGAUAGAGUUUUCACACUUUUAACAGUUUUACAUCAAGUUCAUGAUGGUGAUUUCCAAUUUGGUAGUGAAGAUUGGAAUGAAAAUAUUAAAGGUGCUAUUCAAUAUCAUUAUAAUGGGCUAAGAUUUGAAAAAAUUAAUGUUAUUAUCCCAACUAUUAAUGGAGGUGAAGGUACAAAAUUAAUUAAUGAACUUGAUAUUAAUUUAAAACAACAUGAAAGUAUUUUAAUCUUGGGUAUGAAUGGAUGUGGUAAAACUUCAAUUGAAAGAAUCUUGGCAGGAUUAUGGCCAUUAUAUCAUGGUUUGAUUUCUAAACCAAAUGAUGAUGAUAUAAUUUAUUUACCACAAAAGGCAUAUUUUAGUAAUGGUACUCUUAGAGACCAACUAAUUUAUCCAAUGUCACAUUCUGAAAUGCUGAAUGAAGGUAAAACUGAUCAAGAUUUGAUUAGAAUUUUGAAAGAAGUUAGAUUAGAAUAUUUAUUAGAUCGUGAUGUUGGGUUAAAUUAUUUAAAUUCAAUUCAUGAUUGGAAAGAUGUAUUAAGUGGUGGUGAAAAGCAAAGAGUUCAAUUUGCAAGAAUUUUAUUUAAAAAUCCAAAAUUUGUUGUAUUAGAUGAAGCAACUAAUGCAAUUAGUAGUGAUAUUGAAGCUUAUUUAUUUGAUUUAUUAAGAAAAAAGAAUUUUGCAUUCAUUACACUUUCUCAUCGUCCUUUAUUAAUUAAAUAUCAUGAUUAUUUACUUGAAAUUCAUCAAGAUGGUAAUUGGUCAUUAGAAACUUUAGGUAGUGAUGCAGCAAUUAUUUCAAUUGAAAAGGAAAUUAAAGAAAUUGAAGAUAAAUUAAAAGAUGUUGAUUCCCAAGAAGAUCGUAAAAUUCAAUUAGAAAAUUUAUUGGAUGGUAUUCAACCAAAAAAGUUAUUAAGUGAUCAAAUUGCAGAAAUUGACUGA